AUGUCAGAAAAGCUAGCUGGUUAUCCAGAAAAGUUAUUGUGUCCAUGCAAAGUUUGUCGAAACUUAAGUCACCAAUGUAUUAACAUUUUGUAUGAACACUUAGUCAUUUAUGGGAUUGAUCCAACAUACAAAAUCUGGUUUCAUCAUGGGGAAGAAUUAUCAAGAGAUGAUGAUGUAGAGACAAUGGAAACAUUUGAUUCUUACAACUUGUUUAGGGCUACAAAUAUUGAUGGUUGUGAUUUUGAAAGUCAUCUAGAAGGUCAUGAUGACACUUUUAUGGAAAAAAUAGAAGAUGCAGACACUCCAUUAUAUCCACAAUGCACUAAAUAUACUAAGUUAUCGUCAAUUGUUGCAUUGUAUAAGGUUAAAACUACCAAUGGAUGGUCUGACAAAAGUUUUGAUGAAUUGUUAAGACUUUUGAAUGAUAUGUUUCCUUUAGAUAAUAUGAUCCCCAAGUCUAUGUAUGAGGUUCGAAAAUUUCUUCGAUUAUUUGAUUUAGGAUAUGAAAAGAUUCAUGCGUGUGUUAAUGAUUGCUGUUUGUUUAGAAAAGAUAAAGAAAACUUGCAAGAAUGUCCAACAUGUGGAACCUCACGUUGGAUGUCAGAUAAGCUGACUAAAAAGGUUCGACAUGGUGUCCCAGCAAAAGUUUUGAGGUACUUUCCUAUAAUCCCUAGGUUGAAACGGAUGUUCAUGUCUAAAAGAAUUUCAAAGGAAUUAAGAUGGCAUCACAACAAUAAAAGUUGCGAUGGAAAAAUGCGUCACCCAGUGGAUUCAGCAGCAUGGGAGCUAGUCAAUGAUAAAUGGCCAUCAUUUUCAAAUGAAGAGAGAAAUAUUAGAAUUGACCUUUCCACAGAUGGAUUUAACCCAUUUAGUAAUUUAAGUUCUAAGUAUAGUGUUUGGCCUGUUUUGUUGCCUGGGAAUGAUAUUGAUAUAUACUUAGAACCCCUCGUAGAGGACUUGAAAUUAUUAUGGAAUGAGGCUGUUGAUGCUCAUGAUGCAUUGGACAACACAAAUUUCAAGUUGCGGGCUAUUUUGAUGUGGACAAUCCAAGAUUUUCCAGCAUACGGGAACCUUGCUGGUUGUAAAAAUAAGGGAUGUUUUAGUUGUCCCCUAUGUGGUUAUGGUACUCAUUCAGAGUGGCUAAAACAUAGUGGGAAGUUUUCAUAUCGAGGUCAUCGGAAAUUUCUUAAAGAAGACCAUCCAUUUCGGAGUAAAAGAAGUUGGUUUGAUGGAAAAGUUGAGCAUGGAAAUCCCCCAAGAAUCAUGAAUGGGACUACAAUUGCUGAACACCUUAAAGAUUUUGUGAAUGUUUGA